AAAUAAAUAAAUAAAAUAAAUGUAUCAAACACCACGGGUAAUUUCCUUGACGUUCUUUUCGUUUCCAAAAACUAAAUAUACAUGACAAUCCUGCCAUCAGCCAUGCUAUGGCUGUUCCAAUAGCACUUUUCUCCGCCCAAUUUUCCACUCCACUUCUAACAAAUUCACUCCCUUCUUCCCCAGUCUUAAAACGUUUCUCUUGUUCAUCAUCAAUUCCCAUGGAACACUAUAGUGAUAAUCGUCAAUUGAAAUUCAAGGAAUUUCCUUAUGUGUCUGUUCCACAUAAGGAGUUAAUGGUGGAACUUGUAUCUACUCUGGAGAAUCGGCUUGGAACAUCUCUACUUCCUUGUACUUUGCCUUCAGAUGUGCAGUACUUUGAAAAUCAAACGGGUACUGCUCAUGGUUCUCUCUAUGUCAGAUCUGGAAACUCAGCUUCUCAGGUUGAUUUCAUACUUGGUAGUUGGGUUCAUUGCAACUUACCCACAGGUGGAGCGUUGAAUAUUACAAGCCUUUCAGCAUAUUUGAGACCUUCAACUGAUGCACCAAACUUCUUAAUUGAAGUUAUAUGCAGCAGUCCAACAACUCUCAUCCUCAUUCUUGAUUUACCUCCGCGAAAGGACCUUGUCCAACAUCCCGAUUACCUUAAGACCUUUUAUGAAGACACACAGUUAGACAAGCAGAGACAACUUCUCGAAACCGAACCUACACAACCCAUUCAAAUUGAUGAACUUAUUCGGGAUCACAUAAGUCCUGUUGCUAAGGUAAUGCUGGAUACAUGGUUGGAUCUGUGUGCUUGUGCUGAGAGAAGAUUGACAGAUGAUGAAAGUAAAACUGUGGCUAAAAGGGAUCGAAUAAAUAGGAACAAGACUAUUGAGAUAGAUCUUGAAUCAAGUUUUCCUAGGCUUUUCGGGCAAGAAGUAGCGAACCGGGUUUUAGGAGUACUAAGGGAAAUCUACAACAGUUGAAUCUCUUGUUCUGAGAAUGCAGAAGGUGAUUAUUGCAUGUAACUUGUCUAUUCUUCAACUUACAGUACAAUUAAAUACAGAAGGUGAUUAUUGCAUGUAACUUGUCUAUUCUUCAACUUACAGUACAAUUAAAAGAAGUAACUUGAGAGUAACUAUAAAAGUUGUAUUCUUCUAUUUGGAUCCA